AUGAUUGGGAGACUGGUAAAGAAUUUGAAUAAACCACCUAGUGAAUUUGUGAAAGCAAAUUGGGAUGCAGCCUUAAAUCUAAGAACCAAGAGGAUGGGGAUUGGAAUCAUAGUCAGAGAUGAAGGUGGGGAGGUAUUAGUCAUUGUAUGUGUCCAAAAGAAGUAUGUUUCUCAAGUUGCACUGGCAGAAAGUUAUACUUUAUGGAAGGCAAUAGAGAUAUGCAAUGAUUUAGACAUAAGGAAUGUAAUUUUAGAAGGAGAUGCCUUAACAAUUGUUAAUGUUGUAAAUAGAGAUGAUGAAGAUUUGUCCUGGUUUGGGCACAUUAUAGAAGAUAUCAAGUUUUAUCCAGAUAGGAGAAAGGAUUGGAAGGUGGUUUAUACUCCUAGAGAGAGUAAUAUAGCGGCAUAUAUGUUAGCAAAGUAA